ACCACUCCCUCGAACGCCCGUGACUGAAAUAAUUUGAGCAAACGUCAAAGUAGCAAAACGAAGUUUGUGAAGCUAGUUUAAAAUUAAGUAACUUGAUUAUUUGCAGUUUAAGUACGCUAUAUCUCGAUCGUAAUAACUUUAUUUUAUCGAGGUGAACGAUUGUUACGUUCAAAAUACGUUAAUUUCAAAUCUAUAAUACUAUGUCUAAUUUUACAGAAUAUUCUCACCCGAGGGAGCAAAACAUAACCUCGAUUAAUGCCCGCUUAACGUGGUGAACACUGAAAUCUUUGAAGCUGCCGCACUGGCAACUGCAGAACGGUGUUUGAAUCGAAGGGCCACCUCGGGUACGAGAACAAUCUUCAAAGAUUUCAUUUCCGAGACGCCACGAUGGAAGAUUCCUCGGAAAACAGACACUGCAAGAAGUGUACUAGACCAGACGAUGCCGACAACAUGGUCGGAUGUGACGCUUGUGAUGCGUGGGAGCACUACGGAUGCGCAGGUGUCUCCGAUUCCAUAGCUGGAUCGAACCGCUCUUGGACCUGUGAAGCUUGUAAACUUAAGGCUCAAGCAGCUGCCGGAUCCAGCUCGACAGCUUCAGCCUACACAUCUGCAUCAAGCAAAAGGUCGAGACAGGCGCAGCUCCGUCUAGAAUUACUAGAACAACAAAAUAGAGUCAGGAUGAAGAAGCUAGAAGAAGAGGAACGGUACUUGAAGGAGAAAUUUGAAUUGCUAAUGCAACUCGAAGAGGAAGAUGACCUGAUCAGCAACAGAAGCGAAGUAGAUUCAAGAUCAAAACGUGAUAGACUGGAAAAAUGGCUAGAACAAGAAAAUAUAGCAGUGUCGGAUGUUGGAAACGAAGUCGGACUCGGUGCAGGGGAAGCAGUAGAAAGUUCAAACAUAAUAAAGUCGGUCCCCGGAGGAUUACCUAUGGCAAUUCCUGCCUUCGAAACACAGUCAGUUUUAAGGAAGUUGGAUAAACAGGUCUCCAUUGGACGCGAAUCGCUAACCGAAUCUUCCUCACCGAUAAAAAACACGACAACGGUCAAAUCUCGCAUUAAUCACGAAAAUCAAGCACUGACGUCCAAUGCUAAUGGUACUUCACCAGCUAAUGUAACGCAGCAAUUCAAAUCGAUUAGUUCCAACGCACCGGUCAAGCAUAGUGCCGCACCGUUACCGAUUUCAGACAAAUUGGAUGCGGCAGACUUGCAGCGAAAUGAGUCACAACUGCCACCGUUUACAACAUUUCCGAAACCUCAUCCAGCGAUGUCAUCGAUAGAACACACAUCACCGGAUAACUAUCAUGUGAACCCCGGAGCGUACGGACCAACACCGUCACAGCUCGCCGCUCGACAAGUCAUGCCAAGAGACCUACCAACUUUUUCUGGAGACCCCGAGGAAUGGCCUAUAUUUUAUAGUAGCUUCCUCAACUCCACGCAAGUCUGUGGCUACAGUGACGCAGAAAAUUUAGCCCGACUUCAACGAUGCCUCCGUGGAAAUGCACUGGAGUCCGUGAGGAGCCGCUUGUUGCUUCCUUCCUCGGUGGACAGUGUGAUGGGAACACUUCGAAUGCUAUAUGGAAGACCAGAAAUCCUCAUCAACUCGCUCUUAAGACGCGUGCGGACUACGCCUGGUCCAAAGGCGGAAAAUCUGAAGACAAUAGUUGAUUACGGACUUCAAGUACAGAAUCUCAUAGACCACAUGAUCGUUUCACAACAACACAAACAUCUAGAGAAUCCGCUACUACUCAACGAGCUGGUGGAAAAGCUACCGACUAGCUUUAAGCUGCAGUGGAGCGGCUUCAAGCAAGCACAUACGGAUGUCAACUUGGUGACUUUCAACAGCUUUAUAUCAAAUUUAGUGUGUUUGGCUUCAGACCUGUUGGUAAAUUCAGAUGCAUACCAAAACCACCCGAAAGGCAAUCGUCCAGAUAAACAAAGGGAGAAGCUAUUUGUUCAUGCACAGGAUCCACCGCACGGGUCCGACGAUCAAGAAAAGUAUUCUGAAACCGCACCACAAGAGCGGAUGGAUAAAGGUUGUUCAUAUUGCGACGCAACCACACAUUACAUUUUUGAUUGCCAACCCUUUAAAGCCAUGACCGUCGAAGCUCGAUGGAAAGUUAUUCAUCUGAAGAAUCUCUGCAGAACUUGUUUGGUGACGCAUCGGAGAUGGCCGUGCAGAUCAAAAAGAGAAUGUGGCAUUCAAGGUUGUCGAGCGCGCCACAAUCAACUACUGCAUGCUCCGCAGCUAGAACAGAACCCCAUCGCUAGUAACGACGUGCAAAUCCAUCAGAACCAUCACCAAAGUCACACAUUCUCACUGUUCCGAUACGUACCUGUGAAACUAUUCGGGAAUGGCAAGACUGUCAAUAUAUUUGCAUUUUUGGAUGAAGGGUCAAGUUCAACUCUACUCGAUGCCGAAGUCGCCGGGCAUCUAGGCAUGGAUGGACCGUCUUCAUCCCUUUGGCUUUCAUGGACGGGAAACGUUUCGAGAGAAGAGAAGGAAUCCAAGUGCAUAAGUUUAACGAUCGCGGGAGAAAACUUGCAACAAAAAUACACCAUCGAUAAUGUGCUGACCGUCGGCGAGCUGAAUUUACCGAAGCAAUCCUUCAACUACGAAAUUCUGUCUGUUCAAUAUCCACACUUGAUUGGGCUACCAUUGCAAAGUUAUUCCGAUGUCGCACCUCGUAUGAUAAUCGGACUUGAACACGUACGUCUGCUAACUUCACUGAAAACACGAGAAGGACGAAACGAAGGACCUAUCGCCGUCAAAACCAGGUUGGGCUGGUCCGUAUUCGGGAAACAAUCAGAAUAUUCUCACCCGAGGGAGCAAAACAUAACCUCGAUUAAUGCCCGCUUAACGUGGUGAACACUGAAAUGU